GCUGUCUGUCGAAACAAUGGCUUCUUCUCUUACCAAAUGCCCACCUGGUUUGGUACUACAAAAUACGUAAAACCUCUUGUCCAAAAAUUAUGUUCACAUGAGCAGAUGCUGUGUAGCAAGACAUGCUACAACUCCGUCAACAUUGGUUUCUUGAUAGAUGGUUCCAGCAGCAUUGGAGACAGCAACUUCCGUCUUGUGCUUGAAUUCAUCAGCAAUGUUGCAAAGGCUUUUGAGAUCUCUGACAUUGGUUCCAAGAUUGCAGCAGUGCAGUUCACAUAUGAUCAGCGUCCCGAGUUUGGCUUCACAGACUACACCACAAAAGAAAAGGUCCUCUCUGCUAUCCGGAACAUUCGCUACAUGAGUGGUGGCACUGCUACUGGUGAUGCCAUUUCUUUCACAACCAGAAAUGUGUUUGGGCCAGUGAAAGAUGGACCUAACAAAAACUUCCUCGUUGUUUUGACUGAUGGCCAGUCUUAUGAUGAUGUUAGGGGUCCUGCUGCUGCUGCACAAAAAGCAGGAAUAACAGUCUUCUCUGUUGGUGUUGCCUGGGCACCUCUGGAUGAUCUGAAAGACAUGGCUUCUGAACCAAGAGAAUCGCAUACUUUCUUCACUAGGGAGUUCACGGGAUUGGAGGUGAUGGUUCCUGAUAUUAUUAGAGGCAUCUGUAAAGAUUUUUUGGACUCUAAACAAUAA